CAUUUUUUUUUUCUUUUCCCGAAAGAAGGACCUUAGUUUUUUGUCAAAUAGAAUAGCGGAUCCUGUUUUUUAAAAGUUAUUACUACUGUCUUUUUUGAUAUUUUUGACUACCUUUAACCACUGUUUACUUAGAUUGCUGGAUUUCUGAAAUACUGUUUACUACGUUCCUGAAUUCGUUUUGCUAAAUUGUCUCAUCUGUUUAAAAGCAUUGUACUCGUCCAGCUCCCUCCUCAUUGAAAGCGAUUGUUUUCGCUUUUAUGGGUUUAUUUACUGAGAUACUCUUCUUCAAAAAGCACGAUUAAAUUCUCUUUCUUGUUUUAUGGAUCUAUUACCUAGAAUCUUGUUGUACACUCUUGAAAAGCCCUUUAUUAUCUAAGCUUAAAGUAUUGAUAUCCACUAGUCUUGGUUGACCUUAUCGACUUGGAUUUUGUUUGCUUUUUUAAUCUUUUCUCUCUUUUAUUUCUUGCAAUUCUCAUCGUAUAUCCCCUGUUUGUUUGCAUGCGUUUCUAUUCCCUGUUAUACAUUCAACCUAGAGUCGCCGGUUUAGGGAAGCCGUAUUCAUUUUGUCGCUGCUUCAACACCCAAGCUUCGUUCCAACCUAUCCACAUUGAAACUGCAUGGCAUGAGCUACAGCAGAAUGUUUCUCGCGUUGAGCAUUCCCGUUCCAAACUCAACAUAAACAGCGAUGCUCCCCUAUUUCCUAUCCUUCUUCCACCACCGAACAUCACGGGAAAGUUACAUAUUGGACACGCGCUCACCAUUACCAUUCAAGAUGCUCUAGCAAGAUAUUAUUCCAUGAAUGGCUACAAAGUCUCUUUUCGCCCAGGCACCGAUCAUGCUGGAAUUGCAACUCAGUCUGCAGUGGAAAAAUAUUUGAAUAAAAAAGGAAUUAAAAAAUCUAACCUUACUGAAUCGGAAUUCAUGCUUCAAGUUCGAGAUUGGGAGCAACAGUAUCAAUGUAGAAUUCGAAAACAGCUUGAAGCAUUUGGUGCUUUAUUUGAUUGGAAAAAUGAAUUUUACACAUUAGAUCAAAAAAGAACCAGUUCUGUUUCUAAAGCGUUCAUAGAGUUAUUUGAUUCCGGUUACAUAUAUCGAGCUAAUCGCUUUGUUAAUUGGUGUCCUAAAUUGGCAAGUGCUAUUUCAGAAAUGGAAGUGGAAUCACAAUUGAUUUCCGAUCCUGUAACUAAAUUGAUUAAUGGAGUUGCUGUUGAUUUUGGAUAUAUGUAUCAGAUUGCUUAUCCCUUAGUUGACUCGUGCAACAAGUCCAUCAUUGUUUCGACAACUCGCCCCGAAACAGUUUUCGGGGACCGUGCGAUUGCUGUUAAUCCACAUGACCCAAGAUAUCAACAAUUUAUUGGAAAAUUUGUACGACAUCCACUUCGUCCUGACCUUGUUCUUCCUAUCGUGGAAGAUGAUGCCGUCGAUCCAAAUUUUUAUACAGGCGCUUUAAAGAUUACUCCAAGUCACAGCUCCGUUGAUUAUGAUAUAGCAAAAAGACACAACAUACCGAUGGCUACUAUUUUAGACCCUAAAGGCCGAUUAGUCAAUUGCUCCAAUGAACUAGAUGGAAUGGAUCGUUUAUGUGCGCGCCCUAAAGUAGUCCAAAUGUUAAGAGACACUAAAGCUUUAGUUAAAGAAAUUCCUCACUCUUAUGUUUUAUCUGUCUGUUCACGAACAGGAGAUGUUAUUGAACCUAUUAUGGUUCCUCAGUGGUAUUUGUCCGUAGAUUCUCUUCGAGAACGAGUUUUAAAUUUGACUAAAGAACAAGAUCUAAAGUUUUUCCCUUCCUCGACCAAAGAUGAUUGGUAUCGAUGGCUGGAAAAUAUGCAAGAUUGGUGUCUUUCUCGUCAAAUCCAAUGGGGUCACCGAAUUCCCGUUUGGAAAUAUGAAACCUCUGACGGAGAAAAAUGGGUAGCGGCUGAAUCCCAAGAAGAAGCUGUUCGGAAGUCCAAUGGAGCUUCUGUAGAGCAAGACUCUGAUGUCCUGGAUACUUGGUUCUCUUCUUCUUUACUUCCGUUGUCAUCAUUUGGAUGGCCUUGUGAGAAGAAUGUUUCCGCCUUGCCAUUCAUAGAAAGCGGUAAAGAUAUUAUAUUUUUUUGGAUUGCAAGAAUGGCUUUGAUGUGUUCUUAUUUUACAAACGUUCUUCCCUUCCGAGAAGUUAUCUUGCAUCCUCUCAUCCGGGACUCUGAAGGGAGAAAGAUGUCAAAAUCUUUAGGAAAUGUCAUUGACCCCAUGGAUAUAAUAUACGGUGUUUCCUUUGAGAAGCUUGAAGAAAAGCUUUUAGAAGGAAGCUUUUCAAAGUCAGAGAUGGGGAAAUCCUUGGCUCAUUUGAAAAAGUCUUUUCCAAAUGGUAUCCGUGCCCAGGGUUUAGAUGCUUUGCGUUUCGGUCUUUGUCUUUCUUUGCAUCAUAAUCAAAGAAUUUUAUUAGACAUGGAAAGCUUUUCCAAUUCUUACAAAUUUUUAUCUAAAAUUUGGAACUUAAUGCGGUAUUUCAGUCAAUAUGACUCUUCUUUGAUUAAUAAUGAUGCUCCGAUUGAAGUAUCCGAGAGAUUCCAGAUAAUUAAAGACGCUUUUGAUUAUCGACUACAUCUAACUGUUAAAAGCUGUCGGGAAAACUUUGAGAAUCGUUCUCUAUUUAAGGUUUCAGAGACUUUAGAAAAAUUUCUACUGACCGAUUUGUCAGUUGAAUAUGUUGAUGUUACACGUCUUAUUUUAAAACAUCCUGAAGGUCGAGAUUUAGUUUUGCAACAUUUCCGCGAUAUCAUGAAUGUGUUUUUGCGGUUGGCUCAUCCAGUAAUACCAUGCUUAACAGACGUACUGUGGGAACAUCUGAAUUAUGUACCUAAAGGGCCAUUGCAUAACAUUGACUAUCCUUUCGUGGACGAAGGAAAACUAACUUCUGAAGAGGUAGCUCACGCUAAUGAUGUUGUUAAAGAGACGAUGAAAAUUAUUUAUUAUUUAAGAAGCUUAAAAAUAAAUAGGCAGUUAUCGAAAGCCCCUGAAUUACCUGUGUAUAUAAUUACACGCAAAGGGAGUUUGGACAAGUUCUGCGAAAUGAUCGCAUUAUUGACGGGAUAUCAAAUUAAGAUGCAAUUAAACAAUGAUUUAGGAAAUUCUACGACUACAUUUGUUCAGUUCAUGGUUUCUACUGACACUAUGCUAAUGUUACCAGACAAAAUGAUGCAUCGAAAUCUCCCAAAAUUGGAAAGAAAAAUAAUGGAAUUACAAAAGAAGGUGGAAAAACUUGAUCUUGUAGCUAAGUCUGCUGGUUAUACAAAAGCACCACUGUCAGUCAAAGCAAGAAAUAAACAACAUAGAGAGGAGCUACUUGCAAUGAUUCAAAGUUUAAGUCAAGAAACUUACUGUUAGUAAAAUAAAAUUCUUUUUUUAGUUGUAA